CAUUAGCGCAUUGCGCACCCUGAUCAUUGUAGCGCACAGGCUAGAUCGAUGUGCUUUCUGCACACCCCACCAUAUGAACUGAAUUGCCCGUUCUUGUUCGAUUGAUCCGAUUAUUCGAAGACGGUUACCGAUAGCGGGUUCGUGACCGACGUCGUGAGUUGGUGCCUCGAAUCUUGCGCAGCUGUGGGCGUAGAAGCCAGGCGUGGGACUAAGUUAUUUUGCAAGUUGCGACAUUCUUAGACGUGAUGGCAGCAAAUGAAUGCAUUUACUUUUAUGAAGAUGAAGUGUAUCGCAUCACAAAGAAAGGAAACCUUGAGUUUGGGAUGGUUCUUCAAAAUGCGGACGUUGAUACUGAUGAGGAAGAGUCUGGAUCAGAAGAGAUGGAAAAGGUGAAGAAUGGACACAUUCUGGUUGCCUGGCACCCACGAGGUGAAGAAAAUGUCGUCCAUGAGAAGAAGGUGGGCCUGUCGGACCGCUGUCUGAUGCCGGGCGACAUAGUGCGCCGCCUGGUGCCCGGCCAGGACACGCAGCGCGGUUACUGUCGCGCCAUCACCAUGAAGGCCACCGUCCAGGUGGUCGGCACCCGCCAGGUCAUCUACAACGUGGCCAGCGACGAGCUGACACCCCUCGAGGAGUUCGCGCCGGACAUCGCCGUCUGCAUGGACGCCUGGGUGGGCAUCAUCAACUCUGUGACGUCGGACGUGGAGCUCCAGUUUGCCGACGGCUCCGUGUGCGUGCUCACCGACGAGGAGGCGGCCGAGCUGGACGACCCCAGCGGCCGCCGGCUCACGGACUCGGAGUUCCGCGUCUGGUUCUACCCGGGUCAGAAGCUGCAGGGCCCGAUGCGCACCUUCGAGCCGGCCCGCUGGCUCACCUGCAACAAGGACACGCAGGCGCUCAAGGAGAAACGCAACAGACUGGUCAAGGUGACGGUGACGCGGUACCGGGUGACGUCACUGAACGUGCACUGGCAGUGUCGUGCCGUGACGUCAGAGGGUAGCCUGGAUCAGCCGGCCUACGUCAUCACCGGUGACGAUCUCAAACGAGUGCGCAUGUUGAAUGUCUUCGAGCCGUGUACCCUCCAGCUGGGCGACAUGAACACGUACCGACUGAGGGAGGACGACCUGGUCAUGUCGCUCGACGAGUGGAAGCGGCUGGAGAAGGACACCCUGAAGGCGGGCAAGCGGCCGACGGCGGCCCGGCCUCCGGCCGCCGCCGGUCGCGUGGCGCAGCCUCCGGCGGAGAUGAGCGCGCCGGUGGCUGGUGCGGCGGCGGCGGCGCCGGCGGCCAGCGCGGGUCUGCCCAACGGCGGUGAGCCGCUUGACGACGAGAUGGGCAGCGUCAGCAGCUACAGCAGCGUGGGCUCGGCAGGCAAGCGCACACGUCGCGGUCCAUCUCUGAAAACGCACAUCAUGAAGAAGCGCAAGCUGAAACGCUCUCGACCGUGUCGGCAUCCUGUGUACGAAACGCGAAGCUUUAGUGCCGGUGAUACACUUGUGGUGGAGACGGUGAAGACCGUCUCUUGGGUGACCGUCGUUUGGCAGGACGGCACAGUGGAGGAGGAGCUGCCCUCCAUCAGCCUGCACCCGUCCCAUCACCUGGACGAGCACGAGUUUUUCCCCGGUGACUACGUGGUGGAGCAGAAGACGGAGGCGGGCCCCUCCGAGUACGGCGUGGUGCAGCGGGUGGACCACGCCGGCCGCACCGCCCAGGUCAACUGGUACCAGAUCUACAUCUUCGGCAGCCAGGCGAGCCCGCAGAUCCUGCGUCGGACCGAGGCCAGCGUGUACGAUCUCUCCGACCACCCGGACUUCCGCUACCGGCCGGGCACGGUGGUGAUCAGCGUGUCGCCGCAGACGCGCCUGCCGCCGCCCUCGCCCGAGCAGGGCUCCGGCGACGAGGCCGACGCCGCGCCGCCGCUGUCGCCGGCCGACGCGACCGCGCCGCAGCCGCAGGACGGCAGAGAACGCGAUCCGGAGCCCCAGACGAACGGGCCUGUCCCCCUGCCGGCGGCCGGCUCACCAGCGCCGCCCGGCUGCGCUCACGCCGGCCAAGUGCUCGACGUGCUGACAUCUGGCGAGGUUAAGGUGUGGUGGGCGGACGGCAGCAGCUCCAACUGCUACCCGCAGGACCUGUUCCGGGUGGGCGAGUACGACUCGGACGAGGGCGAGCUGUGGGACAACGGCGACUCGGCUGAGUCAACCGAGUCAGCCGAGUGGGAGACGCAGUCGGAGGAGUCGAUGGUGGCCGGUGACGUCGGCUCUGACCAGGAGCAGCUGCCGGACGAGCGGCUGAAGCCGAAGCUGGCCGCCAUCAUCGAGAAGAUCCGCGUGGCCAUGACGCGGCUGGAGGAGAUCUUCACGCUCAACUCGGCCCUGCAGAGCCCGCUCAUCAUGAAGCAGCUGCUGGAGAUACACAAGAACAGCAGGUUCCUGGACAAGCUGAUGGACACGUCGUUCUUCGGUGACACCCACUUCGGCGGUCUGGUUGGCCAGAUCCGCGAGCGGAGCCGGGCGUUCGCCGCGCAGCGCGAGACGGCCAGCCCGCCGGAGGGAGCCGGCAUGAACGAGUGCGCCCAGUUCUGCGCCAAGCUCAAGGCUCAACUGCUGCUGGCUCAUGAGGAAGUGGUGCGUCGGUACGGCAUCUCCCUCAGCGGCGGGGCGCUGGACGGCGCCAGCCCGGCGGCGGACGACUCCGGCAUCAACGGCGACGCGCGCACCGACGGAGAGGGCGGCGAAGAUGCCGAGCUGCUGUCGCCGGACGAGGUGAAGGUCACGCCGCCGACAGACGCCGCCGGGGACGCGGCUGGAGGCGCCGCAGAAGGUCACAGUCAAGAGUUCACGACCCUGCCUUCGGUGCCGGACGCGCACAAGUUCAAGGUCAGCCUGUUCCAGCCAGUGGAACCGCCCGCCUUCAUGCGGGCCGUCCGGCGCGAGAUCCGCAUCCUGACCAGGGCCCUGCCCGACGGCAUUAUCGUCAAGGGAUUCGAGGAGCGAAUUGACCUGUACUCGGUGAUGAUCACUGGGCCGCGCCGCACCCCAUACGAGGACGGCCUGUUCUUCUUCGAGGUGCAGCUGUCGCAGGACUACCCGCGCAGUCCGCCCAUUUUCCACUACAUCAGCUACUGCUCGGACCGGCUGAACCCGAACCUGUACGAGGACGGCAAGGUGUGCGUCUCGCUGCUGGGUACGUGGGGCGGCCGCGGAUCGGAGGUCUGGUCGUCCUCCUCCAGCCUCAUGCAGGUGCUCGUCUCCAUACAAGGUCUAAUCCUGGCGUCGGAGCCAUACUACAACGAAGCCGGCUACGAGAAACAGCGCGGCUCGCAGCAGGGCGCCGAGAACAGCCGGCUUUACAACGAAAUGGUGAUCCUGAAGCUGGUGCAGUCUCUGACAGAGAUCCUGAAGAACCCGCCGUGUGUGUUCGUGGAGGAGGUCGGAGAGCACAUGCGGACUCGCGCACACAGGCUGAUCGCGCGUCUGCGGCACUGGCUGGAGGUGUCGGAGGCGGGCGGCACACCGACGACUGCAGAAGGCAAGCCUGCCGAGUUUGACCGUCCUGACUUCCCGCUGCUGCCGGCCUCCCGCGGCUUCGGCAUCACGCUGCGUAAGGCGCUCAAGACGUUCGAACAGACGCUGCAGGAGUACGGCGUUCGGGACGGCGCCGCCCCGCAGCCGCCGCCGCCGGCCGACGCCGCCUCCAGUUAGCCUUGGUGGCGCACUAGGGCCCUUUGUAACCAAUGAUUCCACUGACGGAUUGGUGCGGCGCCCACGGCGGCGGGCGGCGGGCGCGCGCGCCGCGUGUUCUUGUGCUGUUCGGUUUGCCCCCCC